AUGUAUCUAUCUUCGCUGCUCAAAAUCCCCUAGCUUUUCACCAUCUGCAAUUCCUCAAUCAAUCAAUGUAGAGAGAGAGAGAGAGAGAGAGAGAGAGAGAAAAUGUACCAAAAUCUGAAGUAGUUUCAACUUCAAUGCUGAGAGUGAAAAGCAAGGCAGAAAAAGUAGCCCUAUCUCCACCACCACUAUGCACGGCCCCAAUUCCAAUUCCAACUCCACCGCCGCCGCCGCCGCCCGCCCUAAUUCGAAGCCCCCUCAGCCGCCGCUCCUAAUCCCCCCCGGCCACGUCGCCUUCCGCCUCCUCUGCCACGCCUCCCGCAUCGGCGGCCUCAUCGGCAAAUCCGGCCACAUCAUCAAGCACCUCCAGCUCCUCACCGGCUCCCGCAUCCGCGUCGAGGACCCUCCCCCCGCCUCCGACAACCGCGUCAUCAGCGUCGUCGCCUCCCCCGCCGUCGUCAAGCGGAUCAAGCUCUGCGCCGAGGCGGAGGGCAAUGAGAGCGCCGAAAUUGACGUCUCGGCGGGGCAGGAGGGGGUGGUGAGGGUGUUCGAGAGGGUGGUGCAGGUGGCGGCGGAGGGGGAGGCGGUGAUCUCCGGGGUGGUUUCGUGUAGGCUGUUGGUGAGUAAGUUUCACGGGGGAGCGGUGAUUGGGAAAGGGGGGAAGGUGGUGGAGAAGAUUAGGAAGGAUACUGGUUGUAAGAUUAAGGUGUUGGCGGUGGAGAAGAAUUAUUCGAAUUUUCCAUCCAUGGAUGAAAUCGUUGAGAUUGAAGGUCUUGGUUUGGCUGUCAAAAAAGCACUUGUUGCUGUCACUAGUCGCAUUCAAGAGUGUCCACCUUCUGAGGAAACAAGAUCAUAUCCUACCAGGCCUCUUGAAUCAGAACCCUUGCCAAUUCAAACUGUUGAUCUGCCCCAGCAGCAGAGCCCAAUACUGCAACCUACACCUUCGAACUAUAUAAAUCAUUCCUGGGGAGGAGGUACAUCAUUACCUGAGAAGGUUUCCUAUAUGAGCCCUAUUUUACCACAACCAGAAGUGGUUUUUAAGAUACUCUGCCCCAAUGAACACGUUGGCAGCAUUAUUGGCAAGGGAGGAUGUAUCGUUAAGGCUAUUCAACAUGAAACUGGUGCUUCUAUAAGUAUUGGGUCGCCUGUAGAAAACUGUGAUGAACGGUUGAUAACCAUUACGGCAAUGGAGAGUGUAGAAUCUAAAUACUCACCUGCACAGAAAGCAACUAUUGUUGUGUUUACUAGAUCCACAGAGACUGGUCUUUUGAAGGGAUUCCGUUCAGAUCCAAAAGAAUCACCUGUAUCAGCUCGAGUUCUGUUGGCAUCAAACCAAGUUGGUUGCCUACUGGGAAAAGGAGGCGCGAUAAUUUCAGAGAUGAGAAAGAUGACUAAUACUAGCCUAAGGAUCAUUGGGGGUGACCAAGUUCCAAAUUGUGCCUCUGAAAAUGAAGAAGUUUUACAGAUUACAGGAGAGUUUGCUAAUGUACAAGAUGCUCUGUAUAAGGUGACUGGUAGAUUGCGAGAUAAUAUGUUCUCCAACAGAAUGUUGAAUGGUAACAGGAAUCGUAAUUAUUCAAGGACUGACAAUGAUGCAUAUGGCAUCGUAAGAAACCGUCCUGCUUAUGGAUCACAUCAAUCUUUAGCUGACUCAGACAAAACCAACGAGCAAAUAUCCUUAACUCAGAGCAUGGACCAUCUUACAAUUUCCAAUAAUAACGAUCGAUUGUUGACACCAAGUUCAUUCACUUCAAUGGCUCUCUCUGGAGUAAACCAGGGAAAUAUUAUGGCUAAUGGCAGAAGUUUAGCUACAGUUAAAAGUGGUGAAGAAAUCGGCAGUGGAACUAGACCCACAAUCGCAGCAAAUACUAUGACAGUAGAGGUCGUUGUUCCUGAGGCUGCGGUUGGCUCCAUAUCCGGGGAGAACAAUAUUGAUUUUGCUAGGUUGCGACAGAUAUCUCGUGCCACGGUCAUACUUCAAGAAGCUCGUCCUGGAACGACAGAUAGAACAGUUGUUAUAUCCGGGACACCAGAUGAGACGCAGGCGGCCCAAAGCCUGCUCCAAGCAUUCAUACUGUCUGGAUCAUAGCGACGAACAUGACAGGUUUUUGAAGAAUUUUUUAUUUAUUUAUUAGUUUGCAUCUUCUCAAACAGAGGAGCUGCCAAACUAGUAGUGCUUAUGUAAAACAUUGCUCAAUCUAUUUCAUAAGCACUUUAGUUUCUUCA